AUGAAUACUAACCAAGAGAUCAACAGUGUCCUCUUCAAGAGGAACUCUCUCAUGCUCGCCACCGUCUUCACUGCUGGCUUUGCCUUCGACAUGGGCUUCAACUCGACCAUGAACAAGAUCUGGGACUACAACAACCGUGGCCGUCAGUGGAAGGACAUCCGUCACAACAAUUAG